CUGCAGCUCCGGAGGAAUUUCACACCGCGGCCCUGGCUGUCUCUCCAACGGACUCGCCCUGCUGCAUCUCCCGUGGCCACGCAGAACUCUCACCAUGCCGGAGCAGAGCAACGACUACAGAGUGGCUGUGUUCGGGGCGGGGGGAGUGGGCAAGAGCUCCCUAGUCCUGAGGUUUGUGAAGGGCACGUUCCGGGAGAGCUACAUCCCCACUGUGGAGGACACCUACCGGCAGGUGAUCAGCUGUGACAAGAGCAUCUGCACGCUGCAGAUCACCGACACCACGGGCAGCCACCAGUUCCCCGCCAUGCAGCGGCUGUCCAUAUCCAAGGGCCACGCCUUCAUCCUGGUCUACUCCAUCACCAGCCGGCAGUCUCUGGAGGAGCUCAAGCCCAUCUACGAGCAGAUCUGUGAGAUCAAAGGGGACGUGGACAGCAUCCCCAUCAUGCUGGUGGGCAACAAGUGCGACGAGAGCCCCAGCCGCGAGGUGCAGAGCAGCGAGGCCGAGGCAUUGGCGCGCACGUGGAAGUGCGCCUUCAUGGAGACCUCGGCCAAGCUCAACCACAACGUGAAGGAGCUGUUCCAGGAGCUGCUAAACCUGGAGAAGCGCAGGACCGUGAGUCUCCAGAUCGACGGCAAGAAGAGCAAGCAACAGAAAAGGAAAGAAAAGCUGAAGGGCAAGUGCGUGGUCAUGUGAAGACCCUGGUCGCCCUGCACCGCAGAGGGGCAGCUGCGCCUGGCCGCGUCCCUCCCCAGUGCACCCUCCCCAUCCGGGCAGCAUGUCUGAGGCCCACGUGUGACACAUUGCAUCUGCCCGAGCGCACCCUCAUGUCCCUAUGGGGUGGUCCAUGCCACUCCACCAUCAGCCAUCCUUCUCUAGAGCCACAGACCUGCCAGGGGGCGAAAAAGAAGUGCAAAGCUGAGGCCUGUGGAGAGAGGUGCCAGCCACUGUGCUGGCAGGCAGUUUUGGCCAUUAGGAGUUAGGAAGACUGGACCCUGGGAAGAAGGACAAGCAGAGGGGACGUGUGUCACCUACAUGCAUGUUGAAUGUGUAAGCCCUGAGCUACGGGCACCAACCCCACCACAAGCAUCUCUCCCUGCUCAGAAGCCAGUAGCAUCUUGGGGGUGGGGAUGGUGAGAAGGCCAGCUGGUCCCACGUGAGCAGAGUGGUUCCCUCGCAAGGUUUUUAGGUGGACACCCUCCCCAAAGGAUGUGUGUGCCCUGUCUGUUCUCCUGCCUGGCCCUGAGGGGAUGAGUCACCUCCUGUAGAUCUAGUUAGCACGCAUCUUGUCAGCCAAGUAGAGCACUUACUUUCACAUGCAACAAUGAGUUCACACACAGUGCGCUCUUGUGUCAGAAGUUCUUCAACUAUUGAGUACUGGUAUCGUAACAUUCUAACACAACGCAAUAAUGUUCUUGUGUGUUACACUUUGAGGGUUUUAGAAAUGUGAAGUUUCUUUCCUUUGGUCUGAUAGGGCUGUAUCUUCUAGCCCUCAUAUUUUUAAACAAAAACAAAUAAAGUAGCUAUUUUUAAACUUUCCCCCCCUCUCAGACAGGUUUCUUGUCUCAGAUAACUUGAUCAGUAUCCAGCUGGGUAGCAGCCAACAAAGGCCAUCUGACAACCAGAAGCACACGCAUUUUUCUAAAUGACAUGAACAUGUACAUGCCAUAUUUUGCACCUCAAGAAAUACUUUGAAACAGCAAUGUGUUCACUGUGUUUUUGAUGAUCCGGCUAUACUGGUAUACACUCCUGGAAGUGUGCUGAAUUAGUAGCCAGUUUUCUUGCACAUUCCAUCCUACGUGUCCUCUUAAGAGUUGCUCAGUGCAGUGUUUACCUGAGAAACAAUUAUCUUCUAAUGAUUGUGAAUACAUCCUUAAUUCUGCCCAGGCUGGCUUUCGUGCGUGGUGUGGCAGAUGGUGGUGGCUGCAGAAGGCUUGGUGCUUUGUCCUAGGCAGAGCCCGCUUGGCCCAGUGCUCCACCACAGGCCGUGGAGUCUGCUUGUGCUCUGCUUCUUCAGAGUCUCCCCCCCCCCGCCCCAACAGAGCCUGAGGCUUCUGUCAGUUGGCAGAGGUCAGCCUGCCAGCCCAUUGGACUGUCUUCUUUGCCAUCCUUCCUGUUGCCCACCUGGCAGGCAGAGAAAGCAUGCAGUCCCACAUGGGCCUGAAGACAGGGCCUUUCAUCUGUUGAGCAGAAGUGCUAGCCCUGCGCUGUGCUUCCAAGCUGGGGUGGUUGUGCGUAUCAUCUUUUGCGCCUAUUGUGUUAACUGUCCCCUCCACUACACAGGGCUUCUGCAGCAACCACGCUUGGGCCUCUGAGCACACCGUGCGCUCAGUACAUUCCGGCUCCCUCUAGCCCUUUCUAACUUAGCUCCCUUGCGUGGUCCCUCAGCAGCACCUUGUUUGCCCUGGCGAUGCACAAUGUGGGUGGCCUUGGAGCAUCUUGUGGCUCCACAAUUCUUCCCACCUCAACCCUCAAGGGCAGCCUCUUUCCCAACUUCACAGGAAGGGGACAGUCAUGUAGGAAAGGGACUUUUGCAGUGAGAAAGGAGGGGCUGGGUGUGGAGCCGGCUGGAGCUCAGCCUGUGCCAGCACCAUGCUCUCUUGAAAUCCCUCCUGUGAGCACCCAUGUUGCGUGAGAUCUAGCAGCUGGCUUUUCUGCAGCAUCGCUUCCUAUUUGUUGCUCUCUUGUUUAUAUUCUUAGAGAUUAUUGGCUUGCCAUUUGGGUGUGAGCAAAGGGGAAGAGGCCGCAGAACCUCAUGGCCAACACAGAGUGGGUUCUCUUCUAAUAGCAAGAUCCGGUCUUCACCUCUGCCUGGAAGGUUGGUAAGGCCUGCAUAGUGAGUGCUUCCUGCUGAACAUCCCAUGCCCACUGAUCAAGAGCCAUGAUUUGCUUUAGGACUUUGAAGGCAGUUUCCACACGUGUAACUAUUUAGGGCUUUAUCAAUAUGAGAAGCUGUCAUGCCUGAGUGUCUGAUCUCAUUCAGGAUAAAUUUGGUUGCUUCAUGUUUCAUACAUGAGUUUAGAGGAUUGGGAAAGCCAGAAGGACCUCCACCCCAUGCUCCUCUCUGAGAUGUUUCCUGUGAACUGCAUGGAGGAUACCAAUGGUUCUUUCAGCAUCAUCUUUAGGGCUCCCCAACUGACUCAGGGCUUGAGGCAUUAGUGCAUAAUGCUGGGUGAGAUGGCUUUCAGUUUUUAUUUGGUUCUGCCCCGAAUACAGGAUUUGAGUUCUUGAAGACACAACCUACAUUGCACAUGGGCACAGAAGUUUUUAAUCCAGCCCUAGAAAGUUCCCAACUCAAAAUACUGCUUUGAAGAUGGUGUGGUGGGGUUAAGUGUGGAGCUCCCCAAGUUGCACUCUGUCCCUGCCGCCCCCUCCACCCAGCGACAAGCCAUGGGCCUGCAUACAUUGCAGCAAGACCAACACGGAGCAAUAGCAAAUUGUUCAUUAUAUCUAAAAUUAUAUAUAUAUUAUAUAAUUUAUCUUCCUG